UCAGGUCCGGUGGAGCCACUGGCGCUGCUCCUGUUUUCUCCAGUCUUCCUGUCUUUCAUCGUGCCCCUUCGCUGAGCGUUUGUGACUACCGCUCUAGAAAGGGAGGUAGAGGAAGAGCUCUUCUUAGGCCACCAGUAGAGCUGUUUUGGGAUGAUCUAUAUGUGGAACCACUGGUAUCCUUGCAAAGGGAUAGAAAUUACCUUUGUAGGGCCUGUGGUCUCUGAUGGGAAGGAGAAGCAGAUCCUCCAAUUUUUGGUGCAUGUUGAGGGAGAGAAAGGACAGGAUCAUUCUCCCAUUCUGCAGUUCCUCCCCUUUUUGCCACUAUUAACUGCCCUGGUGCCUUCAAGCUCCAGCGUUUGCUUUGCCCCUCAAAUUCUGUCCCUGUGUCAGUAGUUGAGCUUCACAAACGGUUGUUGCCUAGUGGGUCAGUGUUGGCUCCUUAAUAAUCUGACUUCUCUCCCCCUAGUAUUUCAGCCCACUCACCAUAGAAGAUACCAGCAUUAUAUAUCCAGCAUUCGAACUCUUGUGCUCCAAGAUACGUUUUUUUUCUUUUUCUUUCACAAAUUCUUGUUGAUUGACAAGUGGGUUCCCACAGCUCUAGCAACUAAUUCCCCAUCACUGUUUUGAAUAGUUUCCCAGACAAUUCCUCCAACUCUUGCUCUCUCUGCUCAGUUUUCAGGAGCUGUUUGAUGGUAGAGCCACCACACAAACUGUCUUCUCCAAGGCCUUGCAGCCAUUGCUGAGCAUAUUUGCUGAGGGGAUGAAUGUGAACUUCAUGACCUUUGGAGAGUCUGACUCCAGGAAGUGGCACUUACUGACGGGUGACAGAAGUGACCGCUCAGGCUUCAUCCCUCUGAUAAUUGAUAACCUAUUUGGGGAGCUUUUGACUGAAAAGAGAUUAACAAUUGGUUCUUCAUCUCACAAGUGCCAGAAUGGGUCUGCCAUUUGGUCCCUUUCUAUGUCCAUGUAUGAAAUACAUAUUGAGGUGCUGAAAGAUCUUCUCCAGAAACCUGGACCUGAUGCCACUAAUUUAGAGCUGGCAUACUCUGCUCAAGAUGGAGCCUAUAUCAAGGGGCUGUCCCUGGUGAGUGUGUCCUCAGCAGCAGAAGCCACCACAGUGUUUCGCCAGGGCUGGGCACGCAGAACUGGGGCUGUGAGUGACUACGGACCAACUUCAGAUCAUUCCAGCAUCAUCACUCAUUUCAACCUGCAGGUGCAUCUUCCUAAUGAGCCCUACCCAGUUAGGUCCUGGCUGAAAAUUGUGGAUCUCCCUGGAGCAGAGAAGCUUACUGAGAACCUGUUGGCUGGGGGUGUAAGAGAAAAGCCUUUGCUGAACAAAUCUAUGCUGGCGUUCUACCAGGUUAUGAAUGAGCUGGCAGGCUCCCCAUAUCCUGAUCGAGUUAUCAAUUACAGUGAUUCCAGAUUGACUCAAUUGCUGGAAGAAGCCCUGGGUGGAAACAGCAAGACCAGAGUUAUUUGUUGUCUGUCUCCCUCCCUGGAUUCCUGGCAUUUAGCCACCAUGCUGAAAAUGUGCAUAGCUCUCUCACAAGUCAAGAACUUCCCUGUUGUAAAUAGCUAUUGUAUGGAGUCCUUGCUUACUCAGUACCGUGCAAAGCUUCUGUCUCUCAAACACCGACCCUAUGAACACAUGGAUCCUAGAAGUGGUGUGGAGAGCGAAAGCAUGAGUGCUCUUCAGGAGCAGGUUCAGCGCCUCACUCAUGAAAACGUGCAACUGCAGGAUAGGAACGAGAGACUGUAUGCAAAGCUUGGAGAGCUGCAGGAAAAGAUGGGGAAGCUGGCAGGUUCCAAAACAGAUUUGUCAUCCAGACUGGUUUUCAAUGAAGAGGAGAAGCUUAAGAUUUCCAAGGACCUCAUUGAUCUCCAGAUUGAGACAAACAAAAUGAGGGAGCAGUAUGAGGCAGAGAACUUUGAACUGAAAAAUCUGGUUGCUAAGAAUGAGACGCUGAGUCUAGAGCUGUUGAACCUGGCCAGUGCCAGGAACAACCUUCCGCAGCCACAGAAUAACUACUCCUCGAGCCGAGCCACAGCCCACGAAACCUCUGCUGAGCUGGAAAGAGUACGUGCAAUGGUUCAUCACCUCUCUGCCUGUAAAGUGAAGCCAGAAGAUGUAGUUGCCUCUGAAUAUGAACGUCGAAAGCUAGAGAGAAACUUGCUUGGAAACCAGGAUCACAUAAAAGCUGAGAUUGAAAAGAUGAAGAAAACAUAUGACUCGCAGCAGCAGAAGUUGGAAGACAGAGUGAUUGCAAUGGGGAAGGAGCUGCAGGAGGCCAAGAAAGCAAUUCGCAACACCCAGCACAAACUGGCAGAGCAGUCAGCGGUUCUCCUCACCUCUCAGAGUCAGCUUCAGGAGGUGGAGGCAGAGAAUUCCCGACUGCAGCUGCAACUGAAAGAGCUGAAUGAGGAGUAUCGCUCCCGUCUCACUCAGUACAUCAAGGACUUAGUGGAAUAUGUGGACAGCAAAUCAAAGGCUUCCAAGGGUCCUGGCAAAGCACCAGCUGAUCAUGCCCAUAUGAAGCCCUUUGUGGACAGCAUGCUCAAGGACAUUCGGGCCUCCCAUAAAUCCCGGGAGGAGCAGCUGGCUGGAGCUGCCCGUGGAUACAAAAAGCGCAUGCAGAACUUGGUCAAGAAGCACGAAAACCUCUUGAUUGCUUACAGGAUGCAGCGUGAGCAGAUCCAGUCCCUUGGCAGCCGUGAGCUAGAUCCUGGCCCCCCCGAGUUCCAUUUCAUCAUCACAGACACAGAACUGCUGACAGGCACAAUGCAGGAAUUAAAUAGGCUGCGAGAGGACAAAGAAAAACUGGAGAUACAGCUGCAUGAACUGCAGGAGAAGAAAAGACUGAGUGAAACAUCUGGCCUAGGGCUAUCUCCUCAGCACAAGCUAGAUGAGGAGGGCUGGGCAGAGAUCAGGAAGCAACUCCGGGAGUUCACACACACUACCCAGGAAGAACUGGAGAAAGAGAGAAGCCAGCUGCUUACUCGGGCAAUUGUGGCAGAAGAACAGGUGCUGGAACUUCAGGAGUAUGUGGAUAAGCAUCUUGCAAGGUACAAGCAGGAGAUUCUGAGGUUAAGGAAACUCCUGGGGAAUGAUGCACCACGAGCAUUCAGUGCUGGGGCUUCUGAUGUUCCUUUAAUGCAGAGACCCCAAAAGACCAUCAGCCAUGAGCUGUAGCUGUUUGCUGGGGCUCUGCAAGACAGGGGCCAUUAGGUUUUCACAGGCGAGACAAGGAUUUUAAACAGUGCCUUUCUGUUGGUCUUGUUUGUGGGGCUACAUCCAGAGGUAAUGUGCUUGGACUUAUGGUCUUCUUUGUGGGGACCUCUUGGGUAGGGCUAGGAUUUGCUGAGAAGGAAACUGAAUUGAGAUGACUAAAAUCAUAUUGAAGCUCUA